CACUGAUACUCAUCAUCUAAUACGACAAUAAUGACCGCAAGACGAGUUCCUCCAACAGGAGCUCCUCCUCCUUAUGCAUUCGUGAACCGCGUCUACGGUCGAAGCCUGCGCCCCAUUGUCCUCGCAUUUUCGGUAAUCGGGGCAAUAUGGUCUUUAGCAUGGGUUGCGUCUUUCAAAGAGCUGACCGUCGUCGAUGGCAAUGGCGCUUAUCAUAAACUCGUUCCACUGGCGAUUGUCCAAGGCGUCCUGUAUUCCGUUGCACUCGGGAUAGAAGUGUUCGGCAUCUACAGUGCGUUGACUCAACGAGCAUGGAUGGUUAGGAUGUAUGCAUUUUUGUGCGCUAUCGCGGGUCUUCUUGUCGUUGGCAUCGGCCUGAUGCGCUCCAUCACUCAUUUCACUUACAAGAGUGACUUGAUAAACGAAUGUAUAAAUGUUUCGGUAAACGGAGAUGUAGACACCGCAUUCGGAAUAUGGGGCACUAACCCGGCGCCAAUGACUGGGGAUGCUGCCACGUCUUAUUGCGAUAACGAGUGGAACCAUGACUCGUGGAGUGAGAUCGUGGCGACUAUCUUCGAAAUCAUUAUUUCCCUUUUGUUCACAUCUGCUGCUUUUGCCUACUACCGUCAAGUGAUCGACCCGUUGAGCCCUGCGAACGCCUUGAGGGCUCCCUCAAACCAAGCGCGACUUGACCUUUUCCCGACGCACUACAACCCACCUUAUGAUCCUGGAUACAAACCAGCCUAUGCCCCGCCGUCUGGCCCACCACCUUCCGACAGCAAACCCCCUGAAUACUCCUACGCAGGCGGAGAGUAUCUGGGACAUGGCAUGGAGAAGGACGACAAGAAGGAGGACGACCCUUUUUCGGACUAUGAAGGCCCUAGCGUACCCCGACCGCUACACUUUGCGGAAGAUAGAGAUGCGACGAGGAUUUGAUGGAAUUUCUUUGCGGAACAGACAUGUCUUCAGAUAUCUCACAACAUAAUGUUGUAUGCUCCAGUCUCGAUCCUAUGUAAUACCACUUGACUGUGCUUCAUCUCACACUA